UGUGCCUAUGGAAUCCUCUACAGACGGUCAGGGCCAUUAACCAUUCUGCCCAAAAACAACAUCUCAACCACACCACCCCCUCUAGUGCUCCUUAUUUUAUCCCUCGAUAGGAUCCGCUGCUUCGAUGCAGCUUGCAUCUUGAUCCAUCUUGUGUUAUUGCAUUUGCUCCAAGUGCUUUCUCCUCGCCUCUGCGCCCAUUCAAUUCUCUUCCUCCCUUUGCUCAAUUUAUUCUCGAAUCCCACCUCAAUAUGGACGGAAAUAUCCUGAGGGGCAGGAUCGCCGCCACUCUCGAUCCGAAUGCUGAUAUUCGGCGACAGGCCGAGAUCGAUUUGAAAUAUGCGGAGGAAAAUCCCGGGUUCGCGGAUGCUCUCCUUAGCAUCCUCGACUCCGAUCAGGAUACCAAUAUUCGACUCUCCGCGGUCAUUUACCUGAAGAACCGUGUCACGAAAGGAUGGGCUCCACACGACGACCAUACACAGGGCAAGCCGAUAUCAGAGGAGGAGAAAAAUACCAUGAGACAGCGCCUGGUGCCGGUGUUGGUCUCCUCCUCCCCUGCGAUGCGCGCCCAACUGGUCCCGACCAUCACCAAAAUGCUCACCUACGAUUUUCCUCAACAAUGGCCCAACUUUUUGGAUCUGAGCUUGCAGCUUCUGAACGGGAACGACGCCAACUCGGUCUUUGCCGGUGCAUUAUGCUUGCUCUCCGUCUGCAAAGUGUACCGGUUCAAAGCGGGAGAACAGCGACAGGAGUUCGAGAAGGUGGUCGAGGUCACUUUCCCACAUUUGCUCAACAUCGGCAACAAGCUCGUCAACGAAGAGAGCAGCGAGGCCGGGGAGAUCCUCCACACCAUUGUGAAGUGCUAUAAACAUGCGAUAUAUUUCGAGCUUCCGGCGCAUCUUCAACAAGAGCAAGUGGUUGUGGGAUGGUGUACAUUGUUCCUGACCAUCGUCUCGAAGCCGGCACCCGCCGCUGCCAUGGUCGAGGAUCUCGAGGAACGGGCCUUGAAUCAUUGGUGGAAAGCCAAGAAGUGGUCUUAUGCGAAUUUGAACCGACUGUUUGCGAGAUAUGGCACUCCUGGAUCGGUCACCAAAGGCGCAAGCGGCGAAGAUUAUACCAACUUCGCCAAAACAUUCAUCACCAACUUCGCCCCGGAGAUUCUGAAGGCGUACUUCCAACAAAUCGAGCAGUGGGUGGCGAAGACGGUAUGGCUGAGCAAGCCGUGCUUGUCUUUCACCUUGGCCUUCAUGGCGGAGUGUAUCAAACCCAAAUCGACAUGGAAACAUUUGAAGCCGCAUCUGGCCACCUUGAUCGAGCAUCUCCUUUUCCCCGUCCUCUGCCAGUCCGAUGAGGACAUCGAGCUCUUCGAAACCGACCCACAGGAGUAUCUUCACCGGAAGUUAAAUUUUUACGAGGAAGUGUCCGCACCGGAUGUCGCGGCGGUGAACUUCCUGCUCGACCUCACGAAGAACCGUCGGAAGCAGACGUUCGCGGUGCUGGAGUUUGUCAACAGCGUGGUCAACAAGUAUGAGGCAGCGCCCGAUAACGAAAAGGAUCCCCGGGCGAAAGAGGGUGCAUUGAGAAUGAUCGGAACCUUGGCUCCGGUCAUUUUGGGGAAGAAGAGCCCAAUUGCGGAUCAGGUCGAAUACUUCUUUGUUCGCCACGUGUUCCCCGAGUUCCGUAGUGACCACGGAUUCUUGCGAGCGCGAGCCUGCGAUACGCUGGAAAAGUUCGAGCGACUGGACUUCCAGGACCCCAACAACCUUCUCCUCAUCUACCGAAACAUCCUGGAAUCAAUGGCGGACCCCGAACUCCCGGUUCGCGUGGAAGCCGCGCUCGCACUUCAACCUCUCAUUCGACAUGUCCCGAUCCGAACCAUGAUGCAGCAGAACAUCCCACAUAUCAUGCAACAGCUGCUGAAGCUCGCGAACGAGGUGGACGUGGACGCUCUGACGAACGUGAUGGAGGAGUUCGUGGACGUGUUUGCCGCCGAACUCACGCCGUUUGCUGUCGCUCUUUGCGAACAGCUACGAGAUACCUACCUGCGCAUCGUCCGAGAACUGGUCGAACGCAAUCAAUCCCGCGAUCCCGAGGACUACGGCGAGUUCUUGGAUGACAAAAGCAUCACCGCGCUUGGCGUCCUUCAGACGAUCGGCACAUUGAUUCUGACCCUUGAAAGCACACCCGAGGUCCUGUUACAUUUGGAGACUAUUCUCAUGCCCGUGAUCGAAAUCACGCUGGAGAAUAAGCUCUAUGAUCUCUACAACGAAGUCUUCGAAAUCAUCGACAGCUGCACCUUUGCUGCGAAAUCCAUCUCCCCGACCAUGUGGCACGCCUUCCUCCUCAUUCACAGAACAUUCAAGUCCGGCGCCGAGCUGUACUUGGAAGACAUGCUUCCGGCGCUAGAGAACUAUGUUACCUAUGGCGCAGCACAACUGGUCCAGAACAAAGACUAUCUAGAUGCGAUCAUUGAUAUUCCCCGCGUGAUCUUCAAAGACGAGAAGGUUGGUGGUGUGGAGCGGAUCUGUGGCUGCAAGAUUGCCGAAGUCAUCAUGCUUUCUCUGCGAGGGCACGUGGAUGCAUAUGUUCCGGAGUUCAUUCAAUUCGGUAUGAUGCACCUCCUCAGUGAUGAGCCAAAGGUCAAGUCACACCGCGUCCAUUUGAUGGAGAUGGUCAUCAACGGAAUUUACUACAAUCCCUUGAUGGCGAUGCAGGUCCUGGAGGGGAACGGGUGGACCAACAAAUUUUUCAGCAUCUGGUUCUCGAGCAUUGACAACUUCUCACGGGUACAUGACAAGAAGCUCUGCAUCGCCGCGAUCACGAGCCUGUUAACAUUACCCGCGGAUCAUGUCCCAGUGAGCGUUCAGCAAGGUUGGCCUAGAUUGUUGCAAGGCACGGUCCGGUUGUUCCAGACACUUCCAACUGCCAUGAAAAAUCGUGAAGAGGCGAAGCAGGAGGAAAGCUUCGAGCUCAACAAUGAGUACGACGAUGACGAUGACGAGGAAUGGGUCGAUCCUGGAGAGUGGGAUGAUGCUGAUGAGGGAGAAGAUGUCAAGGAUGAGGGUGCCGCGUAUUUGGAGUUCCUCCAUGAAGAGGCCGAGAAAUUCAAAUCGGAAGAUGAUGACGAGCUGGAAGAGGAGAGCCUCCUGGAAACACCUCUUGACAAGCUCGAACCUUACGGUGUAUUCAAGUCUGCACUGCUACGCCUGCAACAAGAGCAGCCGCAGCUCUACGAUAACCUCACGAAAUCCCUUACACCUGAAGAACAGCAAGUCAUUCAAGGUGCCGUGGUGCAGGCCGAUCAGAUCGCUGCGGCCGAAGCCGAAGCAUUAGCCUUAGCUCAGCAACAGGCGCAAGCUGUCGCAGGAGGAGAACAGGGGAACGGUCAGGUUGGUUUACCGUCGCAGUAGAGCGAUAGGACCACGUCCCCUAGAAAUCCUAGCGAGAUGACGCGAAGGACAGUAUGGUUUAAUUUUGCUGCCUGUUGGGCUGAAAUUUUCAUCUCUCUAGUUCGAUUAGAUGGCAUUAUGCACGAAGCUCGAGCUGGCGUUGAUGGGACCUGGUGCGCUUGGGAAACCUUCAAUUGUUCUAGCAAUCACUCUCGCCAUAUCCCUUCGGCUUUUCAGUAAUUUGAAUUGACUCCGAUUAAAUGUAAAACGUUCAGCCAAUACGAUUCCAUCCGC